AUGGGCGGUUUGUUUGGGGGUAUAAAAGUAAGUGCUAAUUUUAAGUUAGAUAGGUCUUUGGCAUUUGAAUUAGUAAAGAAAGUUUGGGGUUUUAGAGUGUUAUAGGUACUAGAAUGGUUAUAGUAUAACUGUAACGGAUACUGUAGCUUUUAAAAUAAGAAAAAACAAUGCGAUUUGUAGGCUUAUCUAUUAGUAAUAUAAGGUUUUAUAGGCUUCAUGGUUAGUUUCUCAAUAUAUUAGUUGGCCCUGCUUUGCCAAUUCCCUGCCAAUGUCGUGUCGUGCCUUGGCCCUGCCAAUGCCCUGCCAAUGCCCUGCCAAUGCCCUGCCAAUGCCCUGCCAAUGCCCUGCCAAUGCCCUGCCAAUGCCCUGCCAAUGCCCUGCCAAUGCCCUGCCAAUGCCCUGCCAAUGCCCUGCUUUUGCCCUGCCUUUUCCCUGCCUUUGCCCUGCCUUUGUCCUGCCUUCGCCUUGCCUUUGUUCUAACUUUGCCUUGCUUUUUUGUUUUAUCUUACUCUUACCAUACCCUAACCAUAUUCUUGCUAUAGUCUUUCCAUACUCUUUCCAUACUCUUUUGCCGUACCUUUGCUAUACUCUUGCCAUACCCUUGCCAUACCCUAACUAUUCUCUUGUCAUACCCUUGCCAUGCUUUUACCAAACCCUUGCCACACCCACGCUAUGCCUUUUUAUUCUUGCUAUACCCAUGCUAUAGUCUUCCCUAACUUACCAUGCUUUACUCUUCUGUUUUUUGUUUGUCGAGCCUUUUUUUAUUAUGAACACCGUUAUAAAAGUUCAGAUUACUGUACUUUACCUAACAUAAAGUUUUUUUUAGAAAAUCUACCCUGAAAUGGCUUCAAAACUUCUUCUGACUCUUUUCGUCGUGCUGCUGGCCGCGACCCUUUCAGAAGCUCAAUAUGGUUACGGUAUGUACGGUGGCUACGGUUAUAGGCCGUAUGGAUACGGAGGGUACGGAGGCUAUGGUCGCGGUUAUGGAUAUGGCGGUUACGGUCGAGGUUAUGGUGGCUAUGGUAUGUAUGGUCGCGGUUAUGGUUACGGUGGCUAUGGUCGAGGCUACGGUGGUUAUGGCUAUGGUCGAGGUUACUAUGGAUAA